AUGGCUCCCAAAAAGAUCCGCUGCAACGCAAAGGACUGCAAGGAGCCCGCGCAGCGCAUCGUCGGCGACUGCAGCUUCUGCAAGGGACACUACUGCGGCAACCACCGCCUAUUAGAGGACCACAAGUGCAGCGGCCUCGAGGACUGCAAGAAGCAGUCGCACGAGCGCAACGCAGCCCAGCUGCAAUCCGAGCGCACGCAGGUCAUCCGUGGCGUCUAA